AUGACUGAUAUUUUGGGAUAUGCGCGUGUAUCAACGCAACAACAAGAUUUAGAUUCUCAAAGACAUCGUCUUACUAAAGCCGGUGCUAUUCGGAUUUUUGAAGAUGUGAUAAGUGGCAAAAUCUUUGACAGACCUGGACUAGAAGAGUUAAUUGCUUAUGCCAGACCAAAUGAUUUACUUUGUGUAGUAAGGCUUGAUCGUUUAGGUCGUAGCCUAAAGGAAUUGCUUGAAACUGUAGAAUAUCUCAAAGAAUGCAAGAUUGGUUUAAUGUCCCUAGAAGAGAAGAUAGAUACAUCUUCUGCUGCAGGAGAAUUGGUAUUCCAUGCCUAUCGGCAACAUAGCUGCGAAAAAGUCCUAUAA